GGACUUUUGGCCCAAAGCCACAGCCUUCCUCCCUUUGAAGAACAUGCUCCUCUUGGGCUUUGGCAACCAGAAGGAGAGGAGAAAAGCCACGCUUACGACGCCCAGAGUGAUGGCAUUGAUGUGGAAGUAGUCUAGGCCUGUUGGUUGCAUGCUGAAAGACACCAUCUGCCAUCUUUUUAGUCCUGUUUAUUGCCAGAUUUGAGAGCCCCACCUGCCAGUGAGAUGAGAACUUGACCCAGGCCGGCACCAAAUGUGUACCCAAAAAGCACAGCGCUUCGGAGGUAUUAUCCUGGAAUAUGAAACAAGAGGCUUCUUGAGGACUAAAUCCAUCGACCUUUUGGAUUUGACGCUAAAAACCAAGCCUGAUGAGUUAUUGGAAGAGAUCAUGGAAUCGGAGCCUCUGAUCACAAAGUCCCGAGGCGACCAAGUCAAAAAGCUCAUUGUUCGACUUCAACAGAAGCAGAGGCAAGAGGACGACCACAGGUUCUGUUUUUCCAAGGAACUUAAAGCACACAUUUUGCCUCUGACUAAUGUUGCGUUUGACAAAUCCGGGUCAAGGUUCAUAACUGGGAGCUAUGACAGAACAUGUCGAAUAUGGGACACGACCUCAGGCACGGAGCAGCACACGUUGGAGGGUCACAGAAAUGUGGUUUAUGCAAUAGCAUUCAACAACCCCUUUGGAGACAAGAUUGCCACAGGCUCUUUCGAUAAGACCUGUAAGCUGUGGUGUGCUGAGACGGGCAAAUGUUUCCAUACAUUUCGAGGCCAUACGGCAGAAAUAGUGUGUCUGGCCUUCAACCCUCAGAGUACACUGGUGGCCACGGGAAGCAUGGAUGCUACCGCCAAGCUGUGGGAAGUGGAGACAGGGCGGGAGGUGGCCACUCUCACUGGUCACACUGCAGAGGUCCUCUCCUUGUGCUUUAACUCUAUCGGCAAUCAGCUGGUGACCGGCUCCUUUGACCACACUGUUAUUAUUUGGGAUGUUGCUUCAGGGAGACCCGUCCACACAUUGAUCGGCCACCAGGCGGAGAUCAGCAACGUUCAAUUUAACUGGGAUUGCUCACUCAUAGUCACUGGUUCCAUGGAUAAGACGGGCAAGGUGUGGGAGGCAGCCGGUGGCAGUUGUGUGGCUACGCUUGUUGGACACACAGAGGAGGUGCUGGAUGUGUGUUUUGAUUUACGAGGUCAACUUAUUGCCACAGCUUCUUCUGAUGGCACCGCCAGAUUGUUUAGUGCAUCAACAUAUCAGUGUCUAACAACCCUUGAAGGCCAUGGGGGAGAAAUCUCCAAGAUCUGCUUCAGUCCUCAAGGCAGCAGAGUUCUAACCGCCAGCUCGGACAAGACGGCUCGUUUGUGGGACGUCCAAUCGGGCGUCUGCCUUCAAGUCCUGCAGGGACACACCGACGAGAUCUUCUCCUGCGUCUUCAACUACGAAGGCGACGCCAUCAUCACAGGCAGCAAGGACAACACUUGCAGGAUCUGGUACUGACCCGUCCCCAGAGCCGAUACGACGCAUCGCUUGACAUGGGGUUGGUGUUACUGUACGUCACUGUACCUACACUUACUUCCAUCUAAAGAGGCCCUAAUGGAACAUUUGGUUCUUAAUACUACUGUAAUAUUCUGCUUUGAACAUUAACGGCAGCUGACGCGUUUCCUCAUCUAUACCCCUCCUUUAGUUCUUUUACGUUUAUGUAGCUCUAUCACACGAAAAAGAAAAACACUCAUUUUAUUAGUCAUUUUCUUGCAUUUGUCUGUUUUUUUAGUGUGAUCGAUUAUUGACAACUUGAAUGAGUUGAGUAUUGUGAUCAAAUUUGCAUGAUUAAAAAAACUGUAAUGGUCUUGUCACAAUGUAAACAAACAUCCACACUGCAAAAAGUCAGUGUUCAAAAACAAGAAAAAAAAAAUUUAAAAAUUAGGGGUAUUUUAUUUGAAUUAAGCAAAAUUAUCUGCCAAUAGAAUAAGACAAUUUGGCUUGUCAAGACUUUCCAAAACAAGUAAAAUUAGCUAAUCUCAAUGAACCCAAAAAUACCUUAAAAUAAGUAUAUUCUCACUAAUAACAACUGCACUACUAUAUGAGUACGUAUUUUCUAUUGUUUCAUUGAAAAUAAAACUGCAAAGUCCAUUUGGCUGUCAUCUGUUUUAAUUAUGAGACACAAUUGUGUCAAAGUCAUGUUUUUUUUUCAUGCUUGAAAUAAGAAAUUACUACCGCAUUUUUCGGACUAUAAGUCGCUCCGGAGUAUAAGUCGCACCGGCCGAAAAUGCACAAUAAAGAAGGAAAAAAACAUAUAUAAGUCGCAUUUUUUGGGGAAAUUUAUUUGAUAAAACCCAACACCAAGAAUAGACAUUUGAAAGGCAAUUAAAAAUAAAUAAAGAAUAGUGAACAACAGGCUGAAUAAGUGUACGUUAUAUGAGGCAUAAAUAACCAACUGAGAACGUGCCUGGUAUGUUAACGUAACAUAUUAUGGUAAGAGUCAUUCAAAUAACUAUAACAUAUAGAACAUGCUAUACGUUUACCAAACAAUCUGUCACU